UGGGAAGGAAAGAGUCUACGGAGUAUAUUCGAUAAGCAGGCUAAUACCCAUAUUCAGAAAAAAACACACAGGAAAUGUGGAAAUGAGAAGGACUGUCCAGAAAAUUACUUUGCCUUUAAAACCAUAAGUGGAGCAGCCAAUGUGGUCGGCCCUACAAUCUGUUUUGAAGACAAAAUCCUAAUGAGCAGUGUAAAAAACAACAUUGGAAGAGGACUAAACAUGGCACUUGUGAAUGCCUCUACAGGUGAACUUAAACAUACGGGCAAUUAUGACAUGUACUCUGGAAAUAUCAAGGACGUUAAGACGUUCUUG